AACACACAAUAGUGCGUGUAAAGAGCCACCAGCAGUUAUACAGUUGUCUUUCCUGUAGAUUCAUGUUUUCAAAUUUUCGGCCUUAAUUUAUUCUUCUUUGCGUCAAAUAUUUUGCAGUCUGCUUCCCUUUCCCUUCCAAUUCAUUCAUAUGACCUCUCAUGCCAUUUCCUAGGGUUUCAUUUUCCUCUGCUUCUAAAUUGCCGCUAUCAUUUUUCAUGUUCACCCCAUACAAUCAAGCUCUAUAUUGACUCUAAGAAGUGAUCAGGUUCAUUCAGAAAUGAGCCAUGAUUCAAAUAUCAAGUGCCUGGAGUCGUUCCAACGACAGGUUUACACCCGUUUCCACGAUCUUUCAGUGGUUAGCGCGGAUGAGCUUCUCUCUGUUUCAUGGAUGCACAAGUUGUUGGACGCGUUCACUGCGUGCCAGGAGGAUUUCAGCACCUUACUAUCUGAUAACAAAGCAUUGCUCUCGAAGCCACCAGCAGACAGGCUUGCUACCGAGUAUUUCGAGAGAGCCAUCAAGGCAAUGGAUAUCUUCAAUGCAACUCGCAAUGGUGUUGAGACCGUUUGUGUCUGGCAGAAGCAUUUGGAGAUUGUGGUGUGUGCUCUUGAACCGAAGCAGAGAAUGGUUGGCGAGAGCCAGUUUCGUCGUGCAAGAAAAGCCUUGAUGGAUUUGGCAUUACUGAUGUUGGAUGACAAAGAUACCGGCUCAGUGUUUUCACACAGAAACCGCUCUUUUGGGCGUAAGGGCAAGGAACACCAACGGAGCUCAUCAUCAGGGCACUCUCGGUCACUCUCUUGGAGCGUGCCACAUUCUUGGUCAGCCUCUAAGCAGCUCCAGUCUAUUGCGAGUAACUUGGCUCCUCCAAAAACGAACGAAAUAGCAGCGACUAAUGGUUUGGCGAUGCUCAUCUUUGCAAUGAGCUUUAUUCUGAUGUUUGUGUUGUGGGUUCUCGUUGCUGCAAUCCCUUGUCAGGACCGGGGCGUGCAGAUCCACUUUGCUAUCCCUCGUCAGUUCUCGUGGAGCACGCCUCUGUUCUUGCUCCAUAGCCGAAUCAUGGACGAGUCCAAGAAGAGAGAGCGGCGUAACACCUGUGGAUUGUUAAAGGAGAUAUAUCAGAUUGAGAAGUGUGUGCAUCAGCUGACAGACUCGGUAGAUGCCGCUCAGUUCCCACUGUCGGACGAGCUGAAGGACGAAGUUAAUGAGAAUGUCAACGAGAUGUCUUUAGCAUGUGGGGCUUUUAAGACGGGGCUCGAGCCACUGCAGUGCAAGCUACGCGAGACAUUUAGGAAAGUCAUGGCUUGUCGCUCCGAGGGCCUCGAGUUCCUUGGCAAGGCCAUACAGCCUUAGUGAAAUUGCAAUGUCAUGCUAUAGCUUUUACCAUGAAAGAGAAGCUGUGACUUGUUGUUGGCCACAGUAAUAAAAUUUUAUCAGGUAGAUUUUGUACUUAGUGAUAUAUAUAGUAAGUACUACUUUCUUGUAAAAUACUGCUUUGCCAUUCUGUUUCCAGAUCUGUCUGUGUGAGGCUGGCCAUCAAUUUUUUUCUUGAUUGGUUCUUUAUUCUUGUUAAACAAUGUGUAUGUCUGGGAAAGCUUUGCCCUUUAA